AUGGUGCUUGGAAAUGCCAAUGCAAGAACACUUCGUGAUAUGCCGAAGAAAAUCAAUGAUAAUAGAGGAACAAAAGACGUUGCCAAACCCGUUGCAUUAAGCAUCAAUGAACAAUAUGCUAUUAUGAAUAACGGAAUUGUAGAAGUAACUCUAACAAUCCCGGAAGGCCACAUGGCUGGAAUUCAGUACGGUGGAAUGGAAAAUGUACUGGAUUCUAGUCGCAAAGUAAGCAGUAGAGGGUAUUGGGAUAUUUUUUGGACAAUGAAAGAUUUCAACGGAGAGGAUUGGUUACAUAUGGAAAAUUUCAAAGUAAUAACGCAAGAUGACGAUAAAGUAGAACUUUCGUUUUCAACACAAUGGAAUGGAGGUCAAAAUUCAAUUCCAAUCAAUAUAGACAAGAGAUUUGUAAUGCUUCGAGGGUCAUCCGGCUUAUACAAUUAUGUCGUCUUAGAUCAUGAUCAAAGUUUUCCCGCUACAAAACUUUCUCAAAUAAGAGUAGCCUACAAACUUCCAGACAAGUUCAAUUACAUGGUUAUUUCAGACGACAUACAAAAAUUCAUGCCAAUGGAACAAGAUUACAAGAAUGGUCAACCUCUUGCUUACAGAGAAGCCAUUAUGUGGACAAAUAGUUCUGAUCCAACGUCAAAAACUGCGGUCGAGGACAAAUAUCAGUACUCACAAGACAUGAAAGAUCAACAAGUACAUGGAUGGAUAUCCUCUGGCGAAUUUCCGGUUGGAUUUUGGCUCAUCAAAGCGAGUACUGAGUUUUAUUCAGCUGGUCCUUUCAAGCAAGAGCUUACUUCUCAUAUGGGUCCAAUUAGCCUUAUUGACUUUUUCAGUGGACAUUAUGCUGGCCAAAAUUUCCUAUUAUCAGUUCAGGAUGGAGAACGUUGGCAAAAGGUUAUCGGCCCUUAUUUUGUUUACUUGAACAAAGCAUCUACCUUGAAUGAUCCUUUUGCACAACUUUGGAGCGAUGCAAAACAACAGUUGCAAAAAGAAAUUGAGAAAUGGCCCUAUGAAUUUCCAUCCUCCGAUAUAUAUGCAAAAGCUAAUCAACGAGGAUCUGUUGGAGGUCAAUUGCUCAUUCGUGAUAGAUAUUUGAGUAAUGAAUUGAUACCAGCAAGUUCUGCUUGGGUGGGAUUAGCCGCGCCUGGUGAAGAGGGUUCAUGGCAAACGGAAACAAAGGGCUAUCAGUUUUGGACUAAGGCGGAUAAUGAUGGAAAUUUUAUUAUUAAAGGAGUUCAUGAAGGGGAAUACAGUCUCUUUGCAUGGGUUCCUGGUUUCUUAGGAGAAUAUAAACAUAAUUCAAACAUUUUAGUUCAUCCAGGCGAACAAAUCAAUUUGAACGAGGUUGUGUAUGAGCCACCACGAAAUGGACCAACGCUUUGGGAAAUAGGGAUACCUGAUCGUACAGCAGCAGAGUUUUUUGUGCCUGACCCAAGUCCUGAAUACAUAAAUCCUGCUCUCCUCAGCAAUGAGAAGAAUAAGUACAGACAAUAUGGUUUAUGGGACAGAUACAUCGAUCUAUACCCCGACAAUGACCUGGUUUACACGGUUGGUGUUAGCAAUUAUACAAAAGAUUGGUUCUUUGCUCAUGUACAAAGGCGAACAGAGAAUAAGGAUUUACAACCAGCAACAUGGCAGAUUCAAUUCCCACUUAACAAUGUAAACCCUUAUGGCAGUUAUACAUUAAGAAUAUCAUUAGCAUCAGCAAGUGCUGCUCAACUUCGAGUUCGAUUCAAUGUUGAUCCUACAUCCAGACCACACUUUACAACACGAAAGAUGGGACUUGAUAACGCCAUUGCAAGGCAUGGAAUUCACGGCUUGUAUUGGCAGCUCAGCUUUGAUGUAUCAGGCACAUUGCUUCAGAAUGGAAUGAACACACUAUACCUCACCCAAUCGAUUGCUAGUAGUCCUUUCUGUGGUGUUAUGUAUGAUUAUUUACGUUUAGAGGGUCCUAGUUCUUAGUUUAGUACAAAGUUUUGUGUAUAAAUAACGUUGAUUUUAUUUUCGCAGAGCCAUCAUUAU